UGCCUCCAUCUCCCUCAGGCAGGCGGCCCUCCUCCUCCUCCUCCGGUGUGUUUUAUUACUAGGGCGGGGUGUCCUCCUUUUCCCGGGCACGUCCUCCAUUUCUUCUAGCAGCAGCAGCAGCAGUAUCAGAGAGUCGUAUAGUGCAGUUAUUUUCAUCAGCCAGUCAGCAACCAGGACUAAGGAAUUGAAGGUGUUAGCCAUAGGCCUGCAUUUCCUGUUCCUGGUCCUAGUUCAGAUGCUAGGGAGGGCUGCCUGAAGCCAGGGAAAUUUGAUGUCCAUUUGCAAUUCAAAGAAGAUCUUUCCUUGGAGUCCAGCAUGCCUGCUUUGCCUCCACACCAACUGAAGUUUUCCUGAUGCAAAACAUGAAGGCUUCUUAUCCUAGAACUGGAGUCCCAACAAGGCCUGUAGGCCAUUGCUUUGAAUGUAUAGGCUGCUGCUGAAGAAUGUGUGGUCGCACAGCUGUUUCUCUAGGAGCAGAUCGUAUCCGUCGUGCCUGUGCAUACUGUGAUACCCAAGGGAGGAGAAGACACCCUGAAUGGAAAAAUGCUGACCAGUACAGCCCAUCUUACAAUAAGAGCCCACAGUCUAACAACCCUGUGCUCCUCUCCCGAAAGCACAUUGAAAAGGAUGCCAGCUCUUCCGAGCGUAUGCUUAUGGCCAUGCGUUGGGGGCUGGUUCCAGCCUGGUUCAAGGAAUCUGACCCAUCUAAAAUGCAGUACAACACUGCCAAUUGCCGUAGUGAUACCAUGAUGGAGAAACUCUCGUACAAGGGACCCCUUGUAAAAGGCAAACGCUGUGUGGUGCUGGCUGACGGUUAUUAUGAGUGGCAACAACGUAAUGGACAGAAGCAACCCUAUUUCAUUUAUUUUCCCCAGAAUGAUCAAGAAACGUUCAGUAAACCUGAUGUGAAGGAUGAGGAUGAGGAUUUGAAGGAGAGCAGGAGGCUACUCACCAUGGCUGGCAUUUUCGAUUGCUGGGAGCCUCUUAAUGGAGGAGAAGCACUGUACAGCUACACCAUCAUCACAGUAAAUGCUUCUAAUGCUGUAAGCGCUAUUCAUAACAGGAUGCCAGCUAUCCUAGAUGGGGAUGACGCAGUUAGAAAAUGGUUAGACUUUGCUGAAAUACCCUCACAAGAAGCACUUAAGCUUAUAUAUCCCAUAGAAAACCUUGCAUUCCAUCCAGUUGCAACCAUAGUGAACAAUUCCCGAAACAAUACACCAGAAUGCAUUGUACCCAUUGAACUGGACCUGAAGAAGGAGACCAAAGUUAGUGCAAGCAGCAAAAUUAUGUUGAACUGGUUAAAAAACAAAUCUCCCAAGAAAGAAGAGGAGAAAGAAGAUGACAUACCAAGAUGGUCCAGUCAAUUCAUCCAAACAGCACCAUCUAAGAGGUCCAGUACAAGCCUCAUGCAUCAGUGGCUCAAGAAGGAAGAUGGAGCAACUUCUGCAAAGCAGUCCAAAAUUCUGUGAUUUAUUUGUCCUUUCACUGUAUUCAGGAACAAAUUAAGAGGCCUAACGAAUAUUAGACAUAUUCUUAUUCCAUCAGACAUUUAAAUCCAGCUGUUUCAAAUGUGUGGUGUCAGAUUUCAAUUAUUUUGACUUUUCGUUGAUGCCACUCAGGUCAGCCUUGACAUCUAGCAUUUUCUUUCUGGCACAGAUGGGAGUGUGGAUUUUAUUUGCAGCACUGACAUUCUCUUGCCAACCUUGAGAAAGCAGCUGUACUCCAAAUAUGUAGGAAAAUAAAUAAAAUAAAACAAAAUAGGAAAUGAAAAAUCCAAGUUAAAUUUGCCUCUCCUCUCAGGAGAGAAUCAAGGAUUCCGUUUGGCAUGUAUUUUGGCCUAGUGUUUACCUGAUUCACUUUUUGGGUUGAUUACCCUUAACUUUUCUAUAAAUAAAGUAGUCCACUGUUGACAACAGAGUUCUGUGGCUGUAAUAGGAAGAUAACUAUCUGUGUUUUUAAAUCAGUUCAUAUAAUAUAUUUGUCUGUUUUGUAAGGCAAGAGAGAAUCUCUUUCAAGAACAGUUUAAGUUUGAGCAAUAUUGAUAGGAGAAACACUCCCAUCAAUGGGAGUGAUGUUGUAUUCUAACUAGCUGCUCAAACCUAUGAUGAGAAAGAAAAUGAGUGGUAAAACUUUACUGUGCUUGCAGCGUAGGAAGACGUUGGGCCAAAACAGACCGGCAGUAAGCACUGGCUUGGGCGCAGCAUGGGGGCGUGGCAUUCAUUCAGCGCACGUGCAGCUUCAUGGCAUUUAUCAGUGCAGUUGUUUACAAGCAUCGCACUGCAGAAAUGCUGAAAAGCUACCACCAUGGCAGAAAGGGCAGCUUUAUUCCACCCCAAAUAAAAGCAAACUUUUUCCGCUCCUAUUUGAGGCAGAAGCUGACUGGAUUGGGCUGCAGCAUGCAGUUGCUGUGACCCCAAUCCUGAUCUCUCAGGGGCUGCAUCACACAACCCCUUCGGGGCCAUCUGUUUUGCCCCUAAGAGAGUCAUCAGACCUAUUCAUAAUGGGUUUAUGACUGCUAUACUUCACUGAAAUAGAAGUUGCAUAUUUUGGCAAUAAGAGGGAGAAUGUCUUUCAGGUUGUUAAUUUUAUUAUUAGCAUAUAUGAAGAAGGAUAAAGAGAGAUGACUGCACUUCAUUUAUUUUGUAGCCUCCUUGUCAAAUGAGUCUGAAAAUAAAUUACAAAUGUUUGAGAUUCUUAAUUCUACAAAUAAGUCAAUUUUUUCCUGUAGGCUAUGGCUCUGUAAUUCUGCUUUGUUGAAAAAUAUUUGUCCUACUAAAAGCUAAACUACCAGAAAUGAAAAAAAUAUUAUUUUUAGUCUUACUUUCUUAAUAAGCAGGAAGAGACAUUAUCAAACCUCUGACAACUUGAGUUGAGAUUUUAGCAACUACCAAGAGAACAUUAAUUAAAAUAAUGGUUGUACAAAAUAAAAGCAUUUAGCUGGG